AUAUUCACAUUUUUCAAUCUUUGCAAUUAACUUCAACACCAUGGAUUCUCUUCCUUCAGUAUCUCCUUCCAUGGUUUUACCUCCAACCAAUCCUUUCCGUCGCAAUACUCGACGCCUUUCUCUCUUCUCUCGCCAUCCUCGUCUUCCUCCAAGACUCUUCUCUGCUCCUCGCUUCCGAACAAGGAGGAGAAAGGAUGUCUCGUGCAACGUCGGUAGCGUAGGAGGAACCGCAGGAGAAGAUGAUGAGGUGGAGAAGGCGCUUCAUAUGGACGGUACAAUUCCUGGAAGCUCCAAUGAGUUCCUGAAACGCGUUUCCUCCCGCGCUUAUGAUAUGCGUAGGAAUCUCCAUCAGUCUUUUGAUUCUAGCAGCUAUGAUGUUUUGGAUGACAACCCUUGGAGAGAAGCUUCAAAGCCUGUGUAUGUACUUACUCAGAAGGAAAACCAAUUGUGCACGAUGAAAACACGAAGAAAUAUAAGCGAAGUUGAAAGAGAGCUUGGUUUAUUGUUUUCUAAAGGAAGCAACAGGAGAGCUGCAAUAGGAAAUCAGUCUAAACAAGCAAAGGGAGGGACAAAAUUUCCAAUGCAGGUUGAAGAUAUUAGAGAGGGAGUUCUGGUUUUUGAAGAUGAAAAUGAGGCAGCGAAAUAUUGUGACUUGCUUCAAGGAGGUUGUGAGGGUGUUGCCGAGAUAGACGCUUCAUCGAUAUUUGAUCUUUGCAAGAAAAUGAGGGCUCUUGCAGUUCUAUUCCGCAGAGGCAGGACACCUCCUGUACCUGAAAACCUUAAGCUCAAUCUGCGAGCUCGAAAACGGUCCCUUGAAGACCAAGAUGAUUUGAUAUGAAAUGCAGCUCCCUUGUGAUGGGAGAGAUGUCACUGCAUACUAAAUAGUAAAUAAUUUUAACACCCAAAACAGACAAAAGAACAAAAUUGUGUAUAAUGAUAACAAAUUCAUUCAUCAGUAUAUAAAAAAGAAUAUAGCAUGUAUAUUGUUGCUCAA